AUGUUGAUAUCUCCUGCACCUACACAAAUAUUAACUAUACAACAAAAUGCUCAAAUAGAUGCAACAUCUGAAUUACAGGACAUAUCUAGAGUUACAUCAUCAUCACCGGGAUCAGUUCAAACGGAUCCUGCUUUAGUAGAUAAACCAGAAUAUUUAAUGCAAUUACUUAAAGAUAAAAAACAACUUGCAGUACUACCAAAUAUGUUUAUUCAUGUCGAACGUUUACUUGAGCAAGAAAUAGCUAAAGUUCGAUCGAAUAUGAAUACUGUAAAUCCUCGCUCAAAAUUUAGUUUACCUGAACCGAAUGGUGAAAAGAAAAUUGUCCACGAAAAAGUAGCAAUCCCAAUAGCUCAACAUCCGGAAUUUAAUUUUGUUGGUCGUAUAUUAGGUCCACGAGGGAUGACAUCGAAACAACUUGAAGCAGAAACUGAUUGUAAAAUAAUGAUUCGUGGACGUGGAUCAAUGAGAGAUAAACAAAAAGAAGAUAUGUAUCGUGGUAAACCCAAUUGGGAGCAUUUAGAUGAAGAUCUUCAUGUAUUAAUUCAAUGUGAAGAUUAUGAAAAUCGUGCUGCUGUUAAAGUUCGACGAGCUAGAGAAGAAAUUGAAAAAUUAUUAAUACCAGCUAUUAAUGGUGAUGAUUAUAUAAAAAAGAAACAAUUAACUGAAUUAGCUAUUAUCAAUGGAACAUAUCGAGAACCAAAUAUAUUUCAAAAAAGAGUACAUACUCAAAUCAAUCAAAUACCAAUGGGUGCACCAUUAAUUCUAACACCACAAAUCAAUCAAAAUUAUUUUUCUGAAGAAUUACAAUCAAAUUUAUAUACAACAACUCAUACACAAUCAGUAUUACCUGGUGUAUCAACUUCAUUUCUGCCAAAUAAUGAAUCAAAUUUUCUUCAAGUAUUUACACCAUUACAACCAUUUGAUCCGAUGACAGGAAGUAUUAUCACGGAUGGAACACAUCUUUUUGAAUAUCAAAAUCAAACAUAUCCAAUUCUUUCAACAGCAACAGGUCUAGCUACUAGAACAACAGCAACAGCAGCAAAUAAUGCUUCACGACAUUUCCCAUCAAUAUCAGGUGCUACUGCUUCUACUCGAUAUCAACCAUAUGCAAUCCCACAAUCUCAUCUUAAACGUUCUUAA